CAUAGUGGAUCGUCGGUUCGUUCUCGUGCUUUCUCAACUAUGUUGCCGACAGUAUAGCGGUAGUUGCGUUGCUGCUGUUAGUGCUCUUCUUGAUAUGGGACGAUCUUAUGGGAGCCGACUUGUUGUUUUUUUUCUUAAUCGUUCCUUUUCAUUUGUCGCGAUCGAAUCAAAUCUUCGAAGGAAUAUCUUCGAAAAUUUUGUGAAAAUCCUUUAUUCGUUUUGUUUAAUCAAGGACGAUUGAAAGACGCCGUUCAAGGAUUGACUCGUUUAGUGAUCAUUUUUUAUUUAUACUGAAUUUUUGUUGUUGUUUUUUUUACUUUAUUUUAUAAUUACAUAUAUUAUUCAUCCUGUGACGUGGGUUGUGUAUAGUGGAUGUGCUUUGUUCCUUUAUUUGUAAACAAUUGAAAUUAAUAUUAUAUACUAAGCUAUUAAGAAUAAUUUUCUUAUAUUGGUAUAAGAAAACAACCCCCUACCUCAUCUUUGUCACGAAUUCAGUGUUCAUUCUUUUCGAAUUUUCGUGUGCAACAAAUACCGUGCUUGAAAGAUAUACGACAGAAGAGUGGCUUGGAUAAAGCCAAGAAGAGAAGAGCUAUUUCCAUCGAGAGAACUUCUUCAGCAAGAGAGAGAGAGAGAGAGAGAGAGAGAAAGAGAAUCAACAGGUGGGAACCUGCUUGCUCACAGGUGUAUCCCGGAUGGCGGGGACGUCGAUUACACGAUGACGGAAUUGCAACCGUCGCCGCCGGGAUAUCGUGUACAGGAUGAGGCCCCAGGUCCACCUUCCUGUCUCUCGGGGACCUACAAGUAUACGAGUCACGGGCACGACACCGAGACUAACAAUUUCAAGGGUGCUGCCACGUCGUAUACUCAGGAAGGCUAUGGCCAUAAGAAGAGUCCGUCCAGGACGGUGCCGUCUAACCAAUACUAUCGGCGUAGAAACGACGGCAGGAGGUCAACGGAUAACGAACACGAAGGCACUAACAACAUUGCAAGCAAAAAGACCCCGAUUGCCGGUUACAACGAGAGUAACAAGAAGAAUACUCCGGGCUAUAAGAACGACAGCGGGUACAGCGAGACACUUGGAUUCGAGAGUUUCACUCUUGCACUCAACGAGAGGGAGGAAGCCUCGCCACCACCAACACCACCAGUCAGAGACGCAUCCAGUCUCAAAGGUGUCUGCUACGGACCAGGACACGAAAAAUAUCCAUCCUGGCCAAGCGCACCCGAACGACAUCCAGAUGAAGAAAUCCACAAUUUGAGUCACAGUGGAUCGCACCGUUCUAAAUCCUGGACCGAUCAUACCAAUUAUCCGAAAGAGAAACCUGCUCAGUAUACCAGACCACAUACGAAGAGACCUAAUCCGGCCUUCACUCAGCAGUUGAAAACGGUGAUGGAACGUUGCGAGAAAAUACCAGCCGAGACUUUCGAGUCACGUAACAGAAAAAGCGUCGAGGAUGAGCCACGUUUGUGGCCUCGCGUAGAUCGCGAGGGCAAGGCAUUGGGAGACGCUGAAUACGUGGUUCCGUCACCACCGGAAAGAGAACAACAGUCGGCUCAAACUCUUAGUCAUGCUGAUCUUGAAGCCUAUGUUAGAAGUUAUCAAGAUCCUCAAGUAUCGCAGGUGGAUUUGUACAGAGAAACAGCAUUGACGCAAGCAGGUUUGGAAGAAUACACGAGGGUCCAACAUUCUCAACAAGCCAGCUACGCACAAUCCGAGGGUUAUCACAGUUACGUUUCCAGCGUUGAUUCCACUACCAACACACCAUUCCUCGACAGACUUCGAAGAGACAGCGAAGCUGUUGCACAGAGAUCAACACCUUCUUGGGAAGAGACGUCUCGAGAGGGCCGAGACAGUGUGGUGACAACAUCGAGCGGCAGCGCAUCUAGCAGUGAAACGUUAAAAUGGCAUGGUUCGAUGUCAGACGUAAGCGUUUCUAGCGGAUUACCAGCGAGACAAAGUACAUCGGAUAGGUGGCAUCAUGGCUCGAUGUCCGAUGUAAGUAGCGUCAAUGGUGGGAUUAUGACUCAGAAGUCGAAUAACGUUUGCCACGAUAAGUGGCAAGAUUCUAUGAGCGACGUCAGUACUAGCGGUUUGUCGCCAACGUCUAAAGGAAGGCAUAGCGAAAAGUGGCCGGACAAAUGGCAGGCUUCAAUGAACGAUCGGAAUAAACAAGCCCAAACUCGAGCAAGUUUACCGGCAGUUAUUGGACACUGCGUGUCUUCUACUUCUGUUGGAGAUAUUUGUCAAUCAUCUACUGUUCGAGAAAACAAUUGGCAGGAGUCUAGUAUCGAUGAUGAUUCUCUUGAUAGAUCGCAAAGUAACCAUACUUGGGAUGGUUCGAUUUCAUUGGACAAUGAUAAAUAUAGAUCGGUUUCUCAACCAAUGCCGCAAAGUCCGACUAGACAACAAGUUGUAUCUACGAGUCCACUAAGUCCCGAUGGUUGGGAUAUUAUUCAUGGUUCAAUGUCUGAUGUAAGUCAAACGAAUGGCGUACAGUGCAACAAGCAGUUAAUUGCCUACAGCGCCAGAGUGCAGACACCGCAACGACAUCUUUCGGAGAGUGUGUUGUACUUGGAUCGCGAACGUAAUCAACGGAAAUUGUAUCCUAUUAGUACUACACAGCCUCAGGAAUCACCACAGUCCUCCUCUAGAAUGGCACCCACGUCACCGCAGCAAUCCCCAUUGUCGGUAGCCGAACGAAUUAGCGAAUUGGAGAAGCAACAACAACAACAACAACAGCAACAGCAACAACAACAGCAACAAUUAAUGCGUUACACGUAUCUCGAUCCUGAGAAACGACACAGAGUUUCUGAUCCGACUUUGAAGGCUAUUCAAAAGAAAGCACUGCUAUCUUUUUAUGAAAGACACCACCAAGGUUCUUGGAGAUCGGAACCGCAAUUAGCCCAAGGCUCAGGAUCCUCUCCGCAAAGUCCUCCACCCCAACCUCCGCCACGACCAAGACCACCUUCGUCGAGACGAGCCAGUUCUGCGUCCGAUUAUGCGAGUGGCACGUGGAGAGAAAAUUCUGCUAGAGGGCUAAAUCAAAAUUCUGACCUACCGAGUCCUAAGCAUCAGCAUAGCAACAGUUGCGGUAGCCUUUCUACUGAUUUAUUGGGUCCAGUUAUCGUUGGACCUGCUAUAUCCAUCGACGAUUGGGUCCCAGAAAGACCACCCAAGAAGCCCCAUCUUAGGAGCGUUUACAACGACCGUGUUCCUAGUCCCGAUUUGCCGCCACCCUCGCCACCAACGGUAACAGAAAACGAAGUCCACGAAUGUGACGAUCCUUUGCCACCUCCGCCGCCUGAACUCAGCGAAGAUUGUUAUCCUGAUAGCCCACGAAAAUCUAGUUCCACUCAUCAUCAACUCGAGGAAGGAAAGAUACAUCGUGAAAGAUCUUGCGAACGACACAAAUCCGAAAGACAUUCCAUGAGAAGAUCGAAACACAGCGGCAGCAGCAGCAGCAGCAGCAGCAGCAAACGAGAUCUCGAUAAAACUUCAGGCAAAUCUUCUCCAAACUCUCCAACAACGAAAAUAUCUUCCCAAGAACAAGAUCAACAUCAAUUUGUAAGAACUUCGACAACACUAAAACACGUCGAUUCCGAAAUAGUUCAUGAAAAUGGUAUUUCACCGGGUUUUGCUACUCACAGAAUGAUGAAUACUGGCCGUUCCAGUUUAAGAUAUCCGUCGACUCAAAAACUUAUGGUUAAUGGAAGAAUAGCAAGUACAAGAAGAAUCUCGGAAGAAAGACCGUUCCAAGCCAGACCACCUGCGCAAUUACCCGAUCUCAUAUCUCAACGAUACAGCGAUUCUGGAAAUCAAAGACCAGCUCCUCAAGUUCCUGUUGAACCGCGAAUCAUUCGACAAGAAUCAAUGAGAGUAGAAAGUACCAGGAUUGAUGCAUCUGGAUUAUUGCGAAACGAUUCUGGCCAGAGAUUGGAAUCCUCGUCAGGGCAAAGGCCGCAGCCUCAAGUACCCAAAAGUACUGAUAAAAAUUCAAGCACCACAAAUCAGUCAAGACCGACGAAUUAUUUAGCUGUGCCCCCGGAGAAUUCGAAAAAUCAUAGCUUUUCUCUCGGUAGUCCUGUAAACAUGGGAUACGAAUUGGGUUCAAAAUUAUAUUCACCCGAAGGAACUCCUCAAAAAUAUCACGAACCACCGAAGUACAUGUCUAAUCAUUAUUCUCGUCACAGUGACACGCCGCAAAGGAAUUAUUACGCUCUACCACCGAAAUAUGUCGAUGCACCGAAACAAAAACCACAGCCUCAGUGUCCCACGGAUCGGUACAGUACUUCUUCACCUAGUUCUCCACCACCACCACCACCACCUUUGGCGCCGAGACAGAAUACUCCUGGUAGGAAGUCCUUACCUCCACCUCCAAGACCUGCUCCACCUCAUGCUAUUCAAGGAAGCCAAUCAAAGGCUUCAUAUUUGGCAUACAGAAGAGAACGUGGAGCGCCUGAUAGUGAAGGCAGUUACAAGAGAACAAUGUCUCCUACUUCUCGUCUAGAAGAUUGGCUACCUCCGAGAGACCACGAUGAUCCUGUUUUAUUGCGCGUCACACCACACAAUCAAUUACAGCAUCAUCAUCACCAUCAUCAUAAUAGUCAUCAACAACAACAGCAGCAGCAGCAGCAGCAGCAGCAACAACAACAACAACAGCAAUCGCACGAACUUACCAAAUCUCAUAGCGUUGAUGCUCUUCAUCAUCGAUUGGAGGAAAAUACAAUUCAACACCAACACUCCGUUGAAUCGAUUGGAAAAUUAUCUUAUGAAUUAAAUAAGAAACUGCAAAUUGCUGACGCUAGAACGCGUAACAGUGAGAACAACAAUAAUGACAAUCUAGAAGAUCGACAUCAUCAUCAUCAUCGUCAUUACCAUCAUUAUCAAGAAAAAAGAUAUCAAGAAAAGAGGUACGAUUAUGAGCAACGAAGAGAACGAUUGUCUCCGCAAAGCGUCGAGGUUCUCAAUGAUAGAAAUAGACAAUUGGAACGAGAACGUCGAAAAUUAGCUGCCAGUUGCGAACCUUUGUCAGAAAACAAAGAGAAACAGCUCUGUAAUGCGGACAAUGAUGGUAGUAGUCAAGCAGGUGUCGGUGAAGAUCUCUUCCGCGAAAGAAGUGCAACGAUCGAGAUGACCUCGCAAAAUAUUGAGCUACUGAACCGUAGGAAUGAGAAACGAUCAUCAAGUGGAGGAAGUACGUCAACCGGUACGGUGUGUUCGUACACGGUAAGCACAACAACCUCUUCGACGACAACUACGAUUACAAGCAUGACCGGUAAUUGCUGGUCGAGAGGACAGGAAAAUGUCUUAGCCCAGAAGGCAGUAGAAUCGAUGUCUCAUCAUGACAAACCGCCACCACCGAGCAGUUCACCACCAAGAUCACCAGAAAGAGAAAGCUUCAGAGGAGCAGUCCCACGAAGAUCCGGAAGCUGCUCGAGCUCCUCCUCCUCUUCCUGUAGAUCAAACGAUACCACAUCGUCGUCUCCUCGAAUCAUGACCUAUCAAACACCAACUAAGAGUACACCAAAUUCUCCAACGAGAGAUGAAAUCACCAAUGAUCAAAGGAAAGUUUCGAGCCCAACUCAAACGGACAGUAUAGUUUCUUGGAAUGGAUCCAACUCUGCUGGUCAACAAUCGAAUCAGCGUUCGUGCCAAACGAAAGAAUCGGACAAUUCUAAAACAGAAAGAACAGAGAGAUCGUCCAGUAGUUUGAAGUCAAGAUCGACGGGAAGUAGAUUCUCUUCAAAUUCUUCAUCAUCAUCAUCAUCCUCGUCAUCUUCAUCAUCAACGACAUCAUCAUCCUCCUCGUCAUCGUCGUCGUCGUCGGCGUCGGCGUCGUCUUCUUCUUCGAUCUCAAGUGUAUCCAAAUCUUCGGCAUCUUCCUCGCCGAGGAAUUCACCUGUUGAUGAACAGGAUAAAAAAUCAUUUUCAACGACUACUUCACCUUGCGUCUCACCUCAACCCGGCAUUGAAGGCUUGACUUUGGUACAACGUACCGAAGUUGUACUCAGAGUUAAUGCGGCUACCAGUGACGCGGCAUCACAGACCGAUCUCAUGGAACAAACCGCAGAACAAAAUGUUGUCAAACAGGAGGAACCUCUUACACCGGAACCAAGAAAAAAAUUACCGGAGGAGAUUGAGUGCGAAGAACUCAGCAGAGAUCUUGCCAGUCAUCUCAGUCCAAAUGACAAAUUGGUCCCUAUUCUAGUUCCAGUACCGGAGCACAAGAAACCCACCGACUACGUUUCCGGUCUCUUUAGGGUGGAAGCGACCUUCCAAUCAAGACCAAGGCAGAGACUCUCUCUCGAGGAGUCGAUGGCCUCCUUUGUCGUCAAUCAAGAUGACGAUGAGAAAAAACACGAAAGUAUACCUUCUGUUCCUGUCACCCCAUCUUCAUCUGAUCCAAGCAGUCCACUUUCAUCCACUUCGGCAUAUUUCACCACGUCCGAAGGUAAAGCGAGGUUUCUUACGAGAUAUUCUCGAGAAAUAAGUGUCGAGGAUUCAACAAGAUUGGAAGAUACGACAACUACGACGACAACGACAACGACGACGACGACGACGACGACGACAACGACGACAACGGCAGUCGUUACAGCAGAUAAUUCGGAUCUCAAAAAGAAGAAGGAAGAACUCAUGAUGCGAUUGGAUAAGAAACUAGUGGUCUUAAGGGCUGAACAAGAAGCUGUUAAAGAAGAAGGCGAAAUUAACGAUGCUCUUGGUGCAAGAGUGGCUAUGCGUAUUUCCGCAGAAGCUCGACCAGCUGAAGCUUCCAAAUAUCGACUUCACGUAGAGGAAGUUGGCAAGAUUACUAGCCUUCUUCUUAGUCUUAGUGGAAGAUUGGCUCGUGCUGAAAACGCCCUUUAUGGUAUGCCGGCCGAUCACGCGGAGAGAAAAAUACUGGAAGGCAAACGAGACAAGCUGAUAGACCAAUUGGAAGAAGCAAAGGUACUGAAAAGCAACAUUGAUAGGCGUAGCAUCAACGUUUCGGCAAUUCUAGCGAAAUAUCUAAACGACGAAGAAUUCAUCGAUUAUCAACAUUUCAUCAAUAUGAAAGCGAAGCUGAUAAUGGAUACUCGAGAGAUUCAAGACAAAGUAAAGCUCGGUGAAGAACAAUUGGCUGCAUUGAAGGAAGCUAUUGAUUAAACAAUGACGAUGAGCUUUCAUAGAGAACAUGUUGGGGAUUUGAAAUAAUAUGUGUUAAGUAACGGUCGUAUUUUUAACAAAAUCCUCAUACGAUAAUGCUCGGAUAUUUCUUGAUAAUGUUAAAUAAAAGAGACUGCUUCUCAUUCAUCGUCUUUACGAUGCUAAAUAAUCAAUGUCUGAAUUUGAAUUUAAAAAGCAACAAAAUGUGAAUAAGCCAGCCAACAUUCAUCUUAUUUAUAACAAAAUAUUUAUUAUGUUUAUUGUAUCGAUCGUACUUGGAAAAUUAUUCGACAUUUGUUUCGAAAUUUGUAAUUAAAAAUAAUCUUAGAUAACGAUGAAAGUUCGUACCAUUUGAAACACUAGAUGCAAAUUUAGAUUUAGACAAAAAGAAUGAUCCUCGAGAGCCAAGUACCUAUGCUCAAGUGCCGCCUAGUCCUUUUUAAGAUUACACGUCGAACUUCUCCCCGUGUGACCCCGAUAAUCCGCACUAGAAAUAAUCUUUUUCUUUAACUUUAUUAAACUAUAAGUUUAUUAGAGGGUAACAUGAGGAGAUAAAAAACAAGAAAAGCAAAAAACAACAACUACUAUACGGGAAGCUUCUUCUUUCGAUCUCGUCUCGAGGAGAAAGCGACAGAGAGUAAUCGCACGAAAGUGAUACGAGAAAAGAAAAAGAUAAGAAGCAAGUGAAGUAAAAAUGAUAAACAUUUUUUAAUAACAUUUGUAAAUAAUUACUGCAAGCUUCCAAAUGAUUUCGAUCAUUGACGAAGUGCAUUACGUUGUUAUUUCUAAAGAAAAAUAAAAUAGAACAAAAUUGUAUGAAAAGAUUGAGGACAAUGCUUCAUUUGCACGAAUACCUUAUUUUAUUCACAAGUUUGUGAAUAAUCAACUGUAAGAAAACAAAAGUAUUUGUAUUGUAUUUAUAAAUUAUUAAAAAAAGAAAUGAAAAUUCUUGUACGUAUAAAUUGAAAUAAGUAUUGGAUUAUUAUAGGAGCAAAAGAUGUGCCUUCUGGAAGAUGGAAUAAAAUGCCACGCCACAUCGCGAUCUAUGAUUUUUGUGUAAAAUAGAAUUGGAAAACUCCUCGGAAAUAAAAGCCGAAAAAAAAGAAUCAAAAUGUAGACUUGUUGUUGGUGGCGACUGCCUGGUUGGUUGGUUGGUGUGAGCAUUUACAUUUUCGCGUAGGUUUUUAACGAAGAAGCGAGAUAUUUUGAAUGAAACAAAAAAAUCGAUGAAAAUAAAAACAAAUAAAUAAAUGAAUAUGCUAUACCCGUGCUGCCUUCUUAUAUACGAUAUGUGAUAUAAGAGUAAGGAGCGUAACGUCGCUAAAAAAAAUCGUUUUCAAUGUAUCAAUGUUGCAUCUUUCAGCGAUUAUGCGAUGUUGUAAAUGUACAUAUAUAUUAUAUAAAUGUUUAGUAAAUAAGUGCAUACACAUGAUACACUUACACGUGUUUAUGAAUACACACAUACACACACACACACACACACACACAUACAGAUAGAUGCCUAUAUAAAAAGUACUACUAUUUUUUACAUUUCAUUUUAACCACGGGGUUCCACGCGGAUCCCUAUGACGCUUGUGAUUUUACUUAUUCUAUAGUACCGAGGACCAAGGACUCUCGAAAAGAAAAAAGAAAAAAUACAUAUGGUAAUAAUAAUGCGUUAAUGCAAAUACGCGAAUAGAUUUCGAGCCUCCAUGGUGAAACGGUUAUCGAGAAAAAUUGUAUGCCUAAUUCGUUGUUAGACAUUUCCGUUUGAUUAGAUCUCAAAUGACGGUCCAUUAAUCUUCUCCGUUAUCGAAAUCGUUUGGUCAUCCUUCAAGUUUAUCCGAAAACGGGGAGGAAAGCUCUGUUGGGAAAAAUCAAAUUAUCCAAGCAAGGAAUACCUCCGGUUUUUUGAGCUCGGUAAUGAAACAUUUACCGUAGACUCAAAGAUCUCGUGAUGGAAUCCUAUCUUUGUUCUUUAUAUCUGCUACAUUUAUUGAAAUCUUUACCAAGCGAUACGGAAAUGCGAUUAUUUUGUUAUUGUCAAAGACCGAGCAAAGGACAUACAAUUUUCCGACAUAAUAGUCAGUUUCUGUUCCUUGUUUGUUUCUCGAUGAUAAAUUUCUUUUUAAUGUCAAUUUCAUGUUAAUUAGAAUAUUCUGCAGUAUCUCGCCAUUAACCAGAAGAUAAUAAAAAGUAAAAUAAAAUAAAAUGAAUGAAAAUAAUGAUAAUUAAUAGGUCGAAUCGUCGAUUUAUAGUAGUAAAAGAUGAAAAAUAUAGAUGAUGAUGACGACGACGACGACUACGACGACGACGAUGACGACUACGACGACGACUACGACGACGACGACUAAGACGACGUAAGUUGCAGUAAGAUAAGAAAAUCUUAUUCUUCUUUAUUCAUAUGAGCGCCCUAUGGUGCGGCGCAGUUAUAAGAAUUGUACAUAACAAAUAAUCCGACAACAUGGUGCUCUGGAAAUCUAUUUUUUACGAGAAGAAACGUUCCAUUAAUUAAUUCCUAGAUUUAUAUCGUCUUUAAGAUCUUUAAUAUUAAUUUUACAUUUUCGCUCUGUAAAUAUUAUUAAACAUUAUUCUUCUGCGUGAUGCGAAUAUUCAUAUUCAGUUUAUACGUAUACAAUAUACUUGCGUCACUUAACUACAAGCGACUACGUUAGGACGUCGUUAAGUUGACAAUAUUAUCGCAUACGAAUGUAUUAUGGAAUGAAUCAUUACGAUAUUACGAUAAUUACUUUUCUCAAAUUCGCUUGUGUGUGUGAAAUAAAUAACACGUUGAAAAUUA